UCAUUAGUUUCGUCGCCAUCAUAGCGACGAGAUCGCGACCGCUUUCGGCCGUUGAGCCAGAAGACGAUUUUAUCGUCGUUUACGACGAAACAACGAGACAGAGCUUUUGCUCUGUUGAAGGACGUGUCCGUGGUUAUCGUACUACCGUUUCAUCGGGCGUCGAUCAUCGGCUACUCGAGGAUAUUUUCUCCAUAUUUGACGCUGAAAAAACAUGGCUUAUUGAAGAAGAUGAAGGGCCUGCAGAAAUACAUUGUUUCUCCAUACGGAGGAGACGAAAGCCUCAUUUACGCUGGACAUCAGCACGAACACAUUCGUGCCGGAAAUGGAAAAGAACACAAAAUUUUCGCAAUCCUCGGCAAAGGGGGCUCCUACUGAUGCAAAAAAAACUCAAGAUUUUACAAGUAACAAACUCUUCCCGAAGACCUCACGCAGACGUGAACCAACUGCUACCAGUAGUUUCUCAAAGUAUGAACAACCAAGGAAGUGCAAUGUACAGAAAACAAAAAGUUUUGAUAAGAGACCAAAACCUAAAGGACAAUAUCAUGGCAGUGCAAAGGAGGAUACCAAGGUAGUGCAAACAGAAGUAGCUGAGCCUGGCUCAGUAGUGGUCCAUGGAAGUAAAAAGCAGAAUUUGAAUCACUUGCUGAAUUUUCAUUAUGAACCACGUGAAAUGCAAAGUGGUUCAGGUGUAUGGAGUAAUGGGAAAUCUACAAAGGGUUACUCGCGCAACAGUAAUAGGUGGCUUCCACCAGUCCAGCGACAUAAAUACAAAAAAGAACAGUAUUUACAAGCCAGCUACCAAUUUGUUGUGACUGCCAAUGGAAAUUAUUUAUCUCAUCUGACUGAUCCUGAUACUCUAGUUGACUGGAAACUAGUAGAACAAAUUAUAGUUCAUCGUCCUGAAAGUUUGUCAUGCCCCAUUUGUUUAUGUACACCAGUUGCUGGAAAAAUGACACUUUGUGGUCAUGUUUAUUGUUGGCCUUGUAUUCUCCAUUAUUUAUCGCUUUCUUGCAAGCCUUGGAGUAAAUGUCCUAUUUGUUACGAAUUAAUUCAAAAAUCCGAUUUGAAAAGUGUCACAGAGAUCAUACAGAGCACACUGAAUAUAGGAGAUAUUGUUACUUUACGUUUAAUGCGUCGCGAAAAAGGAUCCAUGCUCGCCGUUCCCGUUGGUUCUACAACUCAAAAUCCAACAAAUUUUUUCUCCGUUGCAGAGACCAUCAGCCACGAGGUGUACUCAAAACUCCUUAUUGCAAAUACAGAUGUCAUAAUGAAUAUUAUUGAAUGCGAACGGGUACAACUGAAACUAGAAAUGUUAGAUAAUCCUCAUUCACCAGAAAAUUGCUACAUCGAACAAGCACUUAAUGAACUUUCAAAAAGAGAAGAAGAAUUAUUAAAUGAGAUAAAAUCAAAAUCAGAAGUGGAUGCAACAACACAAGAAAAGGAGAAUAUCAUCGAAAACGAGCAACCAGCUCAACGGGAAUUAGAAAAUCACGAAGAAACCAGCAAUAUGGUUAACAAAAAAGAAAUAAUAAAUGAUGAUGAAGAAAAUUCCAAAAUAGUAGGCAAUUCAAACAUUUCUCAGUCACCUUCAGGCGUAAAAAAAUUUUUUUACUUCUAUCAAGCGGAUGACGGACAACAUUUGUAUCUUCACGCAAUGAAUGUAAAAAUGUUGGAAAGGCAGUAUGGCAGUCUUGAAAAUUCUCCUCAUUCAAUAAAGGGAAAACUCUUGGAGAAAGAGAGUGGAAGUCUCACCGAUGAUCUAAGACGUAGACUGAGGUAUUUGUGUCAUUUACCUCUUACUUGCCAAAUUGAAAUAGCAGAAAUCGAUUUGAAACCACCGAUUUUAUCAGAAGAGGUCCUUACAUCAUUUCAAAAUCAACUGGCAGAGAGACACAGGGUCAGGAAACAGCGAGAACGAGAAGAAAGAAAGAGAGAGAAGAAGAUCACAGAGGAGCAAAAUAAGCGAAUGGGAAAAUUUCCAAGACCAAAUGUCCACAUCGAUUCACAAAGACAUUUUCCACAGUGGCAACCAGAAUUAUUAUUUUCUGAGGAAACUGUUCCAUCUCCACUGGAAUCAACAAGAACUUCGAGCAUAGCUAGCAGUCCAUCAUUGAGUACAUUUGACGAAAUUGUUCGUAACAGCAAAGCCGACAAUACCGCACAUGAACAGGGACCAUCAUUCGCGGAAAUGUUAAGGAACACCGGCACGCGCUUAAAAUCUCCAGUUGCGUGGCCCUCUGCAACUUCUGCUAACGUAAAAUCAAAUUCGAUUGUGUCUGCUCACUCAUUUUCUACGGAUGAAGAAGAGCAUGCCUCACCACCAAGUCAAAGAUUAGGCGAUGCUUUGGCAGUCGCAUUAGAGCAAACAAAGUUACUAGAGGGUAAGAAGGAUGGUGGAAGAAAGAAGAAGAAGAAGAAAGGGAAAUCGACCCUAUUGUCCGCAACUACUAUGGCACACACAUCUUAAUUUUUGCCCUAAUGCUUAUAUUUUACGUUCAUACAUUUGAAUUUUGUCAAAGAUUUUCCCUUUACAAUAUUUUAGAAUUUUUGGGUAUAUUUUAGAAAAUUAAUCCAGUUCUAGUACAGAUUACAAUCUUACAGUGUCUCAUUGCACGCCUGUCCAAUUUCAGUCAUUGUAUUAUUGAUUACCAAAAAAUGUUUUUCGUAGCAGCCCUUUGCGCUUGCAAAUAAAAUUUUGUUUCAUGAAAAA